AUGCUCUUCAAUGCACAGAUGAAGUCCUUCGCAGAGGGAGCCAAAGCACAGAAACUACGAGACAAGGCCCUUAAAAUGACCGUAGACGCACCUCCGGAUUCAAACACGACCUCAGGAAACGAACGCAAAAGUGUGGCUGAGUCUCGCAGAGAGUUUCUGCAGGCCAGACGAGCGGGUGGCAAGAAAAGCCCCAGCAGUCAGGUCACUUCAGGCGAAGACAGUGCAAAAG